GGUGUUUGACUAAAUGGCUUUGCUCAACUGAGAAUUAAUUGCUUGAUAUCAUUAUGUAAGAACAGAGAAAAUGUACUUUGUUUUCAUCAAAAAUCUGUUUUCCUCCAUUGAUAUUGAAGAUUGAUCAUGCUGUAUAAAAGAAGGCAAGCCUCCUCAAUCAAAGUGCAUGAACUUGUGCUAAAAGAUGAGCAUCAAACUCUUGUGUUUAAUCACUUUCUUCAUUUCUCUCUUCUUGAAUACCCUCCCAAUUUCUUCUCAAGAAAUUGAUGAUGAAGAAGAGUUUGAUUAUCAUAAUGGCCACAAGGGGCCAGUUUACUGGGGACACCUUCGUCAAGAAUGGAGUGUAUGUAGCAAUGGAUCCAUGCAGUCUCCAAUUGAUCUGUUGGAUGAGAGCGUUCAAGUUGUUUCUAAUUUGGGGAGGCUUAAAAGAAGCUACAAGCCCUCCAAUGCUACUCUUAAGAAUAGAUUUCAUGAUAUGACGAUACAAUGGGAAAGUGGUGCAGGAUAUAUUCAAAUAAAUGGGAUUAGAUAUUAUCUCAAACAGUGUCACUGGCACUCCCCUUCUGAGCAUGCCAUCAAUGGCAGGAAAUAUGCUCUAGAGUCGCAUAUGUUACAUGAAAGCCUAGAUGGAAAGGUUGCUGUGGUUGGGAUUGUAUACAAAAUAGGAAGGCCAGACUCUUUCUUGUCAUCACUGACAGGCCAUUUAAGAUCAGUGGCCGGCACCGUACAAAAAGAGACUAAGGUGGGUAUAGUUAAUCCAAGGAACAUCAAAAUAGGCAGCAGAAGGUAUUACAGAUACAUGGGAUCUCUUACAACACCUCCUUGCACUGAAAAUGUUCUUUGGACCAUUGUUAGAAAGGUGAGGACUGUUACUAUAGAACAAGUGAGAUCACUUAGAGUAGCUGUUCAUGAUGAAUCUAAUACAAAUGCCAGGCCAAUUCAACGAAUAAAUGGACGAAUAGUGCAACUUUACAGACCAGAAGAAAGGCUGAUAAUGGAUUAGAAAUCUAUGAUUUACUCUUUGGAAAACUUACUUUUUAAUCCUUAUACUAUAAG